AUGGUUAUUACUCUCGUCUCUUCCCAUUUUCGCGCCGCCAAUAAACUUACACCAGCAUUGCUUAUAUUUGAUUCAUUCUUUCAUUCAACAACAAAACCAUUAAAUCGUCAAUUAUUUCAGACAACACCUAAAAUAUUUAAACGUUCAUUUUCUUUAUCAGUUGCUGCUAUGCAAAAAAUUAAAGUUGAAAAUCCAGUUGUGGAUCUGGAUGGAGAUGAAAUGACAAGAAUUAUUUGGGCUGGAAUAAAGGACAAAUUAAUACUUCCUUAUUUGGAUCUCGAUAUCAAAUAUUAUGAUUUGAGCAUUGAAAAUAGAGAUGCAACGAAUGAUCAAGUCACUUUUGAUGCUGCAGAGGCAAUUAAGAAGUUUAGUGUUGGAAUUAAAUGCGCAACAAUUACGGCUGAUGAAGCCAGAGUAAAGGAAUUUAAUCUUAAAAAGAUGUGGCCUAGCCCUAAUGGAACGAUUAGAAAUAUUUUGGGUGGAACAGUAUUCCGUGAGCCAAUUCUUUGCAAAAAUGUUCCUCGUAUUGUCCCUGGUUGGCGUAAGGAAAUUGUUAUUGGAAGACAUGCAUUUGGAGAUCAAUACAAAGCUACAGAUAUUAUUGUUCCAAAGGGAUCCAAAUUUGAAAUAAAUAUUCAACAUUCUGAUGGAAAAGUUGAAAAAGUUCCAGUUUUUGAUUUUGCCGAUUCGGGUGGAGUUGUUCUUGGAAUGUAUAAUACAGACGAAUCAAUCCGUGGUUUUGCCCAUUCUUGCUUCCAAUAUGCUCUGAUCAAAAAAUUUCCUCUAUUUUUGAGCACAAAGAAUACAAUUCUUAAGCGUUAUGAUGGGCGUUUUAAGGAUAUUUUUGCAGAAAUUUUUGAGAGAGAAUAUAAAGCAAAGUUUGACGCUUUGGGUGUUUAUUAUGAACAUCGUUUAAUUGAUGAUAUGGUUGCUCAAGUUUUGAAAGGUGAAGGAGGAUUUGUUUGGGCUUGCAAAAAUUAUGACGGCGAUGUUCAAAGUGAUGUUGUUGCUCAAGGUUAUGGAUCUCUUGGAUUGAUGACAUCUGUUUUGAUGUGUCCAGAUGGAAAAACAAUUGAGGCGGAAGCAGCUCAUGGAACUGUUACUCGUCAUUUUAGAGAACAUCAAAAGGGGAAUCCAACUUCAACAAAUCCCGUUGCUUCUAUUUUUGCUUGGACUCGUGGAUUAGAACAUCGCGGAAAACUUGACAAAAAUGACGCUUUGGUUAAUUUUGCUCGUUCAUUGGAACAGGCCUGUGUCCUUACAAUUGAAGAAGGAAAAAUGACAAAAGAUUUGGCUAUUUGCAUUCACGGGCUUAAAGGAGCGAAAGAAGGGACUUAUUUGUACACAAUGGAUUUUCUUGAGGCAGUUAAUGAAAAACUUAAACGAAUUCUUAGUAUUUAA